AUGCGCCUGCGCCAUCCGAGCAGCGUAGCUCAUGUGAGACUCCUCGUCAGAGCUCCAUGGAAGAGAUACAUCGUGGCCGCGUUCUUUGUGGCAUACUAUGCCUGUUCACUAAAACUGUGGCAGGACACAGUCGGCCAGCCGCACCAGUGGGCCUUGGAAGAGCAGAAGCGGCUCAUCAAAGAGAAGGCUGAGGCUGCGAAGGAGAAAGGGGUUUCCUUCACAAGUGGACAGCAAGAUCAGAAGGAGACCGAGCUCGGGAUCGACGAGGAGUCUCUGCCCUCUCAGAUGAUGCCCAGUGCUGUUGCAUGCGUUUUCAUUUUCCUGAACAUAGUGGUGCACGUGCUCUUUCACCUAAUGUGCAUUUGGUCCAUCUCUUUUCGAGCCCUCUUCCUCUUCCAGCCGUCCAAACGAGUCCAAAGCGGCAGUUUUGUGCGUGUUACGCCGCACGCCAACAAGGGGAAGCCGGACAUUUGCGAAGUCCACGAAUCAGAGGUCACUUUGAAUUGCCACUUCAAGUUUCAGUACCAGAACUUUGAGUUCGUAGAGGCUGGAACUGAAGACCCAGACCUUCUCGGAGACCUAGAUCUUCCGGGUGUUCGGUUGAUUCAAUGCCCAACCAAUCUACCUUGGAAAACAUACCGGGACUGCAAAGGACUGGACACCUCCGGCAAGGUUGGGUUGGCCCAGGACAAGUAUGGGUCCAAUAUCUUCGACCUUCCCAAGCCGACCUUUAUGCAGCUUUUUCAGAAGCAGCUGAUAUCACCGCUCGUGAUCUUUCAGCUUUUCUCAGCUGCCCUGUGGGUUAUGGACACGAUGUGGAAGUACACCUGCUUCACAUUGGGGAGCAUCCUCAUGUUUGAAGCCUCGACGGUCUUCCAACGCUUGAAGUCCAUGUCAACCCUUCGUGGGAUGAGCACGAAGAGCUUCAAUGUCUUCGUCUUCCGAUGUGGGAAGUGGGAGAACAAACCCAUAGAGGAUCUCCUGCCCGGCGACUUGAUCUCUCUGCACACAAAGGCAGAAGAGAAGAAGGCAGAACCUGGGACCGAGAACCACGAGAAGAAGGAGACCUUGGUGCCGUGCGACUGUCUGAUCGUGAGUGGCAGCGCCAUUGUCAACGAAGCAACGCUUACAGGCGAAUCCGUGCCACAGAUGAAGGAUGCGAUGGGCGCCGGAACGGACUCCGAGUUGAUCGUGGACUGUUUUGGCAAGCACAGGAUACACGCUCUUUUCAGCGGCACGUCUCUAAUCCAGACGACGGCUCCUGAAAGAAGCAGGAAGAAAGUCGACGGGGAUGCAAGCAGCCCGCCAGAUGAUGGCAUCCUUUGCUUCGUCCUCCGAACUGGCUUCAACUCCUCGCAGGGCGAGCUCAUGCGCAUGAUCGAGUUCUCAACGGAGAAUGUCAGUGCCGACACAGUAGAGACGACCCUGCAGCUCAUGUUCCUUCUAGUUUUUGCUUUGGCCGCGGCCGGCUAUGUCAUGAAUGCGGCGCUCAAAGACCCGACGCGACCGACGUAUAAGACGCUGAUCCGAUGUACUCAGAUUAUCACGUCGGUAGUGCCGCCAUCGCUCCCAAUGCAGAUGGCAUUUGCUGUCAACACGGCAUUAAUGAGCUUGCUAAAAGCUGGAAUUUACUGCACUGAACCCUUCCGGGUGCCUUUUGCCGGACGCGUCUCCCAUUGCUUCUUUGAUAAGACCGGUACCUUGACCUCGGACCAGAUGGUGGCCGUUGGGAUGGUGAAUGCCGGCACCGGGAAGGAGCCAAAAGAGACGGCCGUCAACGAGGCUUCCACUAUGGCCUGCGUUGUUCUAGCCGGUUGCCAUUCCUUGAUAGAGGUGGACAACAAGCUCUUGGGUGACCCCAUCGAGGUUGCUGCAUUGAGAGGUAUUAGUUGGAGCUAUCAGCCCAGCACUAGCACUGCCUCGCCCUCCAAUUGGAGAGCCAAAGAGAUCACGAUCCUUCGGCAGAAGGAGUUUAUGGCAAAUCUGAAAGAUGAAGUUGAGUCAGACAAAAAGGAAAAGGAGGAAGUCGCCAAGAAGAUAGCGGAGCUGGAAAAGAGCCUCAAGCAGGACAGGCUAGAAGCGAGCAAGCUGAGUGUAGCUAUCAAGCAUCGCUUCCACUUCUCCUCCGACCUUCAAAGGAUGAGUACGAUUUGCAAAGUCACGUCGUCUGAUGGGAAAUGCCAAAGUGGGAUGUACAGCUUGGUGAAGGGCUCCCCAGAGGCCAUUGGCCAGCUCCUGGUGGAGAAGCCGGGCUGGUACGAUGGGGCUUACAAGCGCAUGGCCGAGCAGGGUCAGCGAGUGCUCGCCUUGGCAUACUCGAAGUUAAGCGAUGCAUCCGACGUGGGCAAUCGGCCGCGAUCCGAGAUCGAAUGUAAGCUGACGUUCGGAGGCUUCAUCGCAUUCAAAUGCGAGACACGCAAGGACUCCAUGCUGGUGAUCCGAUCUCUUCAGGAUUCGAGCCAUGCGUGUGUUAUGCUUACAGGCGAUGCACCGCUGACGGCUCUCAGUGUGGCAGUGGAAGUAGGCAUCGCCCAGCACAACCCAGAACAGGCUUUGGUUUUAUCAGAGAAGGACGACGGUGAUCUUGAGUGGCGUGCAGCGAUAACGUCGCAUGGGAAGCAGGCUGAAUCUGUAAGUUUUGACGCUACGGGCGUCAAAGCUCUUAGCCAGUCGCGCGACUUAAUCAUCACUGGGGCCCCACUGGAAAAGGCAUGGCAGGGAUUCGGUGAAAAGUUCCAGUCUCAGCUGAGCUGUGUGAAGAUAUUCGCCAGAAUGUCGCCCUUCCAGAAGGAGCAGGUCAUUCAAGCUGUGCGGAAAAGUGAGAAAAGCUUUUCUUUCAUGUGCGGAGAUGGUGGGAAUGACGUGGGUGCCCUGAAAGAGGCAGAUGUUGGGCUCGCUUUGUUGAGUGGCUUUGGCAACGCCAAUGUUGAUGCAUCGAAGUCGGAUGAAAACGGCUCGCCUCAGGAGGGCAAGGCAGAAGAUCAGCUGGAAGCGAUCCGGCAGGAGAACCAGCAGAAAGCUCAGGAAAUCAUGCAAAAGUCCAAAGUGGAGCUUGAGCGGAAGAAGAAGGAUUUGGUUUCCAAGCAGCAGGAGUGGAUUCAAGAGGAGCUUGAAAAAAGGAGGCAGGCUGGUGAGGAUGUGGGUGUCAUGGCACAAUUUUCAGCCAUGAAGUCGGUCAUGGGCCGGCUUCAGACGGAGAUGAAGAAAGAACAGGAGUUGCAGCAGAAGAAACACGGCAAUGCCUUUGCGGCCGGUGCAGCGAAGUGGGCGGAAGGCUUAGACUCAAUGGAGGACACCCCAAUGGUGCAGCUUGGGGAUGCCUCCACAGCAGCUCCAUUCACCUCGAGAACUCCUUCCAUCGGCUCGGUGGUGGAUAUCAUCCGGCAAGGUCGCUGCACCUUACUGUCCGCGGUACAGCAAAUGCAAAUCAUGAUGCUGGAAUCCAUGAUUGCUGCUUAUACCAUGUCCACCAUGUCGGUAGACGGCACCCGUCCGUCCGAACCGCAGAUGAUGGCAAGCGGGACGAUGAUUGGAGUCGCCUCCCUGGCUUUCUCCUUUGCCAAGCCAGUGGACCGGAUGCAUCGAGUUCGGCCAUUGUCCUCAGUGUUCCACCCUGCGAAUCUGCUGAGCAUGAUGGGGCAACUGUUGAUUCACUUGUUCUGCAUGGUCUACAUUGCCAACCUCGCAAAAGAGAUCAUGGGCGAAGAGGGUGUCAAGGAAGUCAUCGACUUCGAGAAGGAGCGGGACAAGCGCAUCGCGGCGCUGAGCGAGGAGGAGAUGUCCGAAUGGAACUGGUUCAGCUCGAUCCCAUUCAAGACCAACUUGCUGAACACGUGCUGCUGGUUGGUCGAGACAGCCCAGCAGGUGUCCGUCAUUUUCGUGAACUACAAAGGCAGGCCUUGGAUGAAGGGGCUCCUGGAGAACCAGCCGCUUUUCUUGUCGCUCUUCUCGUGUAUUGCCAUGGUCGCUGUCUGUGCCUGGGGGAUCUUGCCCUGGCUCAAUGACCUCUUGAACCUCGAAGUGGUCCCCGAAGAGCUGCGGAUGAAGGUCAUUUUCACGCUUCUGCUUUCGCUCGUGGGGACCUUUGUGUGGGAUCGUCUCAUGGUCGCCGUCUUUGCUCCCCACAUCAUGGCGGCGCAGCUGGAAGAAGCAAAGGCGGUCACCUGGAAGGACUUCAUCCCACUGCUUCAGACUGUGGGAUACAUCGCAGGUGGCGGCUUGUUGCUGGUCUCCGGGAAUCCGAUCAUCUGGGGCGCUGCUUUCAUGAUGUAUAGGAACUGGAAGAGCACGAAGGCUGCGGCUGGAGCGCCGGGAGCGCCGGCAGCGGCGAAGUGA